AUAUAGGUGUCGCUAGUAUCGGAAGGCGUUAAUAUUAUCAGAGUUAUUAAAAAAUAUGCAAUUUGAAUUGUCUAAACACCCUCAUAGAAGGUAUAAUCCGCUCAAGGAUGAAUGGAUACUCGUCAGCCCACAUAGAAUGAGUAGACCUUGGACUGGGCAAGUUGAAAAGCCCACACAGAGUUCUCUAGUUCCGAGACACGAUCCAAAUAACCCUUUGUCCCCAGGAGCUGUCCGAUCAAAUGGCUCGAAAAAUCCAAACUAUACAUCGACCUAUAUAUUUGACAAUGACUUCCCGGCUCUUCUCUUUGAAGGGCCGGCACCUGAGGAGAAUGAAGAUGACUUGUUUAAAGUGGAAGCCGCCCGUGGCUCGUGUAAAGUUAUGUGUUUCCAUCCAUUUUCCAAUCUAAGUUUAGCAACUAUGGACCCAGGACAAAUUGGGUCGGUUAUCGACAGUUGGAUUGAUCUCAUGAGGCAGCUGUCACCCGAUUAUUUAUGGGUACAAAUAUUUGAGAAUAAAGGCGCCGUUAUGGGCUGCUCUAACCCUCACCCCCACUGUCAAGUAUGGUCUUCCUCUUUUUUACCACAGGAAAUACGUGUCAAAGACAAAAAGCAAAGAGAAUACUUUGAAAAGCAUCGCAAGCCGCUGCUCUGCGAUUAUCUGUCUAAAGAAUUAGAAAAGAAAGAGCGCAUAAUAGUAGAAACGAACCAUUGGGUAGCAUUGGUUCCGUUCUGGGCUGUAUGGCCUUUUGAGAGUAUGUUAAUACCGAAACAACACGUUUUAAGACUACAAGAUUUAAAUAUAGACCAAAGAAAAGAUUUAGCUCUAGCAAUGAAACUACUAUUGGUCAAAUACGACAAUUUAUUUGAGACAUCGUUUCCCUAUUCUAUGGGUUGGCAUCAAGCGCCAACAGGAAGUCGUCUAGAAGGAAAUUCGGAAGAGCAUUGGCAAUUACACGCAUUAUAUUUUCCUCCAUUACUUCGGUCUUCCAACGUUAAAAAGUUCAUGGUUGGCUACGAAAUGUUAGCAAACGCUCAACGAGAUAUAACUGCCGAAGAAGCUGCUAGACGACUAUCGUCUCUUCCCGAAGAGCAUUACUUAUCGAAGAAAUUUGAUCAAUAA